UGUCUGUUAUGGCGGUGCUUGGAAACACUUAUUUUAUUCACAAAUCUUAGUUUAUCGUAAUUUUGAAUUAUUUUGACUGCACCAAUGAUGCUUAAUUUAUAAUUUUUAACUUUAAUGUAACAAUUUACAUAUUUUAAAAUGAUUUUCUUUUAUGUUAGUGAAUUUUCUUUGAUAUGAUUUUAUUGGCGCUAACAUUGCUUACUGUUGUCUGUAGUGUAAAUAAUGUGUUUAUUAGAAACCUAUAAGUGUAGUGAGUGAUCUAAAAACUUUUUGACAUUAGUACGUUUAUUACUAUAUAAAUAUAUUGUCAAGAAUUACUUGAGAUUAUUUUUAUAAACUUUGCUACAAGUACUGUGUCAACAUGAAUGAUGUUCGUGAUAAAGUUGUUGCCAGCUCUUCAUCUUGGGAAAAUGCAGCAACCCACAGUGAUUCAUCACCCGAAAUACAAUCCUCACCUAGUGGCAGCGGGGAGACACCUCAGACUCCUGGAGCGCCUGCUCCGCUCGCUCCACAUCUUGCCGCCGAUUUGCAUCCAGAUCUCUUACAACAAGGGUGGCGAAAGUAUUGGUCGAAGAGAGAAAAUAGACCCUACUUUUGGAAUAAACUUUCAGGUGAAUCAUUAUGGGAAUUACCAGCUGUGAAAAGAGAUUUUGAUCCCAUAACAGAUCCUCUUGGUAUAUGUCACACAGGUCCCCCAAAUGCGGGUAACAUGACCCCUUGUGCAACUAAACGGCGUCCAUCUGAGGACAAUGGUCCUCCCCCAAAGAAAUUUGUUUUAGCUGGUCCAUGGGAUAUAGAAGUUCCCACAAAUGUUGUUAUAUAUGAGCGCCCUCCUACCAUUUGCCCACACCCACAUCCUGAAAUUGAAGGUUUCAGAUUCACUUUAGCAAAUAAAUUGAGACAAUGUUAUCAAGAGUUAUGUCAUACAAGAGAAAGUAUUGAUGCACCCAAAGACUCAUUUAAUCGCUGGUUGAUGGAGCGAAAAGUCAAUGAUCAGGGUGGUUCCGAUCCUUUAUUGCCAAGUCAUUGUUUCCCAGAGAUAUCACGUUCAAUGUAUGAAGAAAUUAUGAAUGACAUACCAAUUAAAUUGACACAUCCGAAGUUUACGGGAGAUGCUAGAAAACAGUUGUCAAGAUAUGCUGAAGCAGCAAAGAAGAUGAUAGAGUCAAGAAAUGCUUCCCCAGAGAGUCGUAAAGUGGUGAAGUGGAAUGCUGAGGAUACAUUCCAGUGGUUAAGACGAACAGUUGGUGCCACAUAUGAUGACUUUCAAGAUAGACUGGCACACUUGCGACGACAAUGUCAACCCCAUUUAGCAGAGACUGUAAAAGCUUCAGUGGAAGGAAUAUGUUUGAAGAUAUAUCACUUAUCGGCGGAAUAUGCUAGGAAAAUAAGAGAAAAACACAGUACACUUCUUAAAGAAAAUGGAAUUCAGGAGAUGCCAGCUCCGCUGCAGCAGGCAGCACUACGAAAAGUAUGGUGUUACCCGGUACAAUUUGCUGUGCCAGCGCCACGACCACCACUUGUUGAACAUUUUCUGGACCGCGAUCAAGCGCUAAUACGGUAUCUCGGCGAGCCACAAGUUCUUAAUGCAACAUACCUACAAAAACUGGAGUGUCUUUAUAGGCACAGCUGUUUCGACGACAAGAAGUUCGAACAAUUCUUGUCACGCGUGUGGUGUCUGCUGCGGCGGUAUGCGGCGUGGGUAGGUGCGAGCGGUGAGGCGCAGCUCGCACAGAUGGCGCUUCCAGUGCCCGUACUCGAGUGCUUACAGCGUAGCUUCGGCGUUACCUUCGAGUGCUUCGCGAGCCCUCUCGAUUGCUACUUCCGCCAGUAUUGUUCAGCGUUCGCCGACACUGACUCUUACUUCGGGUCCCGGGGUCCGUUCCUGGAGUUGCGUCCGGUGUCGGGGUCGAUGGUGGCGCACCCGCCGUACUGCGAGGAGCUGCUGGAGGCGGCGCUGCGGCACAUGGAGCGGCUGCUGCAGGAGUCGGCCGAGCCGCUCAGCUUCGUUGUCGUGCUGCCCGAGUGGCCCGACCGACAGACGCACGCCCUGCACAAGCUGCAGGCCAGCCAUUUCAAGAGGAAACAGGUUGUGAUACCAGCUUUCGAACACGAAUAUCGUCAUGGAUUCCAGCAUGUACUUCCAAAGAAUGAGGUGUACUUCCGGUGGGGCGGCGGCACGGUGGUGGUGUGGCUGCAGAACGCGGCCGGGUUCUCACGCUGGGGGCCCACCGAGGAGCGCGUGGAAGCGCUGCUGGACGCGUGGAGGCCUCGAGCCAAACUGCGCUCGCCCGCGCCGCCCGACGACGCCGCCGCCGCCGCGCCCCCCACCCCCGCGCACCCCGCGCACUCGCCACACCCCGCGCUGCCCCCUCACCCGCCGCCCGACAAGCGUUAGUCUCUCUACUUCCAUCACUACUAGUCCGCUCUGUUUAGUUCGCGAACUGGAUCGCUCGUGCCCGACUCGAGAAUGCCAGUAGACCGAUCGACUUGCAUCCCUAGAAAUAUUUUGUACUAUACGAGCGAAAGAUCGACGAACUAGAUCGGACAUCUUUGGGAACGCUCCUCCGAAUUAGUUCGUGAGAUACAAGUUAAUAAGUAAACGCUACUGGUGUCCGCAGCGCUCACCCGGCGACUCAACUCAACGCUGCCUAGCUUUUGUCGCCGUUACGAUUGUAAAUAUUAAAUAUAAAAAAGCUGUGACUAGUAUGAAGUAAUGAAUAGUUUAUCGAUUUUAAACAACUUUUUUACAGACAACAAUAUGAUUUAUUAGUUUACGUAUAUCAUGCAGUCGUUAUGACGCUGGCGGUGCAUUGUGGACACCCUCACGCCCCUACUACAGCGUUCUCCACGGGCCAAGUUAAUCGCUAGUUCGGUGUGGCGGGAUUUCUACAUUCCUCGGUGCAAUUUUUUCAAUCAAGCGGUUAUUGAAAAUUACCGCUCGUUCUCACUUACCCGGCACGACUUGUUCUCGAGUAGUCAAUACUACAGCUUAAAACGCUAAAGAAUAUCCACAGAUGUUAAAAUUUUAUAUAUAUAGAUAUAAUUCGAGUAAUGAUUAUUCCAUCUUUUUAAUUCAAAGAUGACGUUUAAAAAGUAAGCAUGGUUUGUUGCGUCGUAUGGUGAAUGUAAGCUCUAUUACGGUACUAUUCACUAUUUAGAAAGGCAAUGUUUUUUACCGAUAAGUGAUAUAAUGAAUAAAUUGUUAGAAUAACAAGAUUUUCAUGACAAUUGGUUGUAUUUUUCUUAUUAUAUUAAUAUUUUUAUAUGUUUUAAAAUCUAUAAAUAAUGAAUAUCGACAAAAAGAUGUAUUGGACACUGUGUCGAUCUCCACGUGAUCCGACCUAAGCAAUUCCUGGUGAAUUCACAGCUAAGGGAUAUCGGGUUGAUGAAGGUCUUCAUUCUUUCAACGACUAGAUAGUGGUGUUCCGUCAGCGUGUACCACAUUGUUGCGACAAUGGUAUACGCUGGAUCGACACCAAACUAUUACAUCGUUGUCCAUAAAAAUCUACUGGACUAUCUCGUUCUCUGGAUCUCUUGUUCUAGAUUUUCCUUGAAUAACGUUUUUGGCUAUAUAGACGUGCCCGCUAAGUGAAAACGAAGCUAAUAUUCUUCGGUUAGAGGUUUACAUGAUUGCGAUUUACAUAAAAAGAGUAAAUGACACUGACGUGUGACAGACGGUAAAUGUAAUUAACGGUGUACAAUAAUUUAAAUCGAGGGAACUAUUAAGAUUAAAUAAUAACUAUACAUGGACUGUGGAAUUUUGUGUGGUUAUUUUAAGACGUAGCUUGCGUAUAAUGUAUAGAUAUUUGGAUUUUACAAUUUAGGAAACCUAUCAAUGUAUAAAUGUUACACUAUCUUCCAUACAUUAUGUAAUCUGUGUAGUUUAAAAAUAAAAAUAUAAUGAGCAAUGACGUAGCUGCGUCUUAAUGUAAUGUAACGAGAUGUAUUUAGAGUGAAGUGGCUAAUGGGUUAAUCUUGUAUAUAUAUAUAUGUAUAUAUAUAUAUAUAUUGUGGAAAGUGAAUCUAUGUAUAUAGAUUUUCAGAAUUCUUUUAGUUGCCUACUUAUUUUUUAUAAGUUCUUUUAUGAGUAUUUUUA